UCAGUGGCAUUGCGAUGACGCAUUAGCCCCGCCUCGUUCCGGAAGCUAGCUGUCAUGUGAUUUGUUUGUUGGCGAUCUGCUGUACGGAGCCGCAUCAUUUCGUUACGGUGACAAAUAAACGCUUGUCCCGGGUAAUUCCCCCUUUCCCCCCUCUGUCCUCCUCUCUCCGCCAUGGACGAGACGAGCCCGCUAGUCUCUCCGCUUCGCGAUUCCAACGAUUUCAGCUACGGUCCCGCCGAGGCGACCAGUCCCCGGUGCGGAUUUGGAGGGACGCCGGGCUCCGUGGUGCGUCUGCCGGCCGGGAGUCCCGGACGCAGCCGCGAGCGACAGCCGCUCCUAGACCGAGACCGAGGCGCGUCGGCCCGCGACCCGCACAGGAACGAGUUCCCGGAGGAUCCGGAGUUCAGAGAGAUCAUCCGGAAGGCGGAGCGGGCCAUCGAGGAGGGCAACUACCCGGAGCGCAUCUAUCAGGGCUCCAGCGGCAGCUACUUCGUCAAAGAUUCAGCAGGGAAGAUCAUCGGCGUCUUCAAACCAAAGAACGAGGAACCGUACGGCCAGCUGAACCCCAAGUGGACCAAAUGGCUGCAGAAGCUCUGCUGUCCGUGCUGUUUCGGCCGGGACUGUCUGGUCCUGAAUCAGGGCUACCUGUCAGAGGCCGGCGCCAGUUUGGUGGACCAGAAACUAGAGCUCAACAUCGUGCCGCGCACAAAGGUGGUGUAUUUAGCAAGUGAGACGUUUAAUUACAGUGCCAUCGACCGAGUAAAGUCUCGAGGAAAGAGGUUAGCGCUAGAAAAAGUGCCCAAGAUGGGCCAACGUUUCCACCGGAUUGGCCUGCCACCCAAGGUGGGCUCAUUCCAGCUUUUCGUAGAGGGGUAUAAAGAUGCUGAUUUCUGGCUGCGCCGGUUCGAGGCGGAGCCUUUACCAGAAAACACUAAUCGCCAACUCCAGCUACAGUUUGAGAGACUGGUGGUGCUGGAUUACAUCAUCAGAAACACAGAUCGAGGAAAUGACAACUGGCUCAUCAAAUAUGACUGUCCGAUGGAUAUAUCAAGCAACAGGGACAGUGACUGGGUGGUGGUGAAGGACCCCAUCAUUAAACUGGCAGCCAUUGACAACGGUCUGGCCUUCCCUCUCAAACACCCAGAUUCAUGGAGAGCCUACCCAUUUUACUGGGCUUGGCUGCCACAAGCGAAAGUUGCAUUUUCCCAAGAGAUCCAAGAUUUAGUUCUGCCCAAAUUAUCCGACCCGAACUUCAUCAAAGACCUUGAAGAAGAUCUAUAUGAGCUCUUUAAGAAAGACCCGGGUUUCGACAGAGGACAGUUCAAGAAGCAGGUCUCAGUAAUGAGGGGUCAGAUCCUGAACCUGAGUCAGGCGCUGAGGGAGGAGAAGACCCCGCUGCAGCUGGUGCAGAUGCCGCCGGUGAUCGUGGAGACGGCACGAGCGCCGCAGCGAGCCAACAGCGAAUCCUACACACAGAGCUUCCAGAGCAGAAGACCCUUCUUCACCUGGUGGUGAUGUGGGCUUGCAUGCGUGUGUACAGCCUGGUUUUAGUUGCGUUUUUCGGUGGGAUUUCGGGAACAAACAAGAGUAGGAAUAACUGAUGACAAACACAUAAUUCUGAAGGAAAGCAUUGCCUUGUUUACUGUUACACUGUAUGAACACACACAGCCGCGUUCGGAAUGACCUGCAUGUCGAUAAGGCGAUGAAGGAGAAACUUUCUGCUCGACGGCUGUGCGGCACGCUGCUCAACUGCAUCAUUCGUGAGCGUUUUCUGGUCAGAGUUUUCUUGUGGUAGUUUUGUUUUUCGUUGAAAAGUCACAUUCUCUCCUGCUUUUUUUUUCCAUUAGCAUUAUAUUUUUCUCUCUCUUUUUUUUUUUUUUGCUCGCAUGUCUGGCGUUCAUAACCUGGAGACGGAGUCACCUCGGCGCUCUACUGAGCGCGUGCAGAAACACUGGAACGUUCCAUUCUCACAGUGGCAUCAUUCUUUUUGUGUUUUUGUUCGUUGUUUGAUUUCAUUUGAAAAUUGAAGAUAGUGUAAUUUUUUUUUAACAAUGCAUUCACAGGUGUCAACAAAACUGACCUUAAAACGCGACAAUGAACUGUAUGAUUUGUAUGUAAUGUAUUUAAUGAAAGAUGCUAAAAUUAUAACCGUGCGGUACUCAAUAAAAGAAAAGACUCAAGUUUUAUUUCAAAAGCAGUUUAAUUGGAAGCUCCAGCUUAAUGGCGAGGAGAAAAAUAACUUGUUCUUGUGCAUGUAUUAGUGUUCAUUGAUUUCAGCUACAUGUUUUCAUCCAUAUUGCUUGUAACUGUCUGUCUGAGUGACAGAAGAAGACGUUAAAUAAUCAACACUAAUAGUGUCCAGCAUACAUCUACAGGUGAUACUACGUAUGCAUCGUUUACAUAUUACCACAGACUAUUUGUAUCUAAAACAAACAACACUAAUGAUUUGAAGAGAACUGCAGUAAAUGCAAACACGUUCUUUUAUAUUUUUUAGAUAUUGACCAUUAAACACCACUGGAAGGCAGAAUGCUCCCUGAAGAUGAGGACUAUUGAGAAACUAGUGUUUUGGAACCAAAUACAAGCACAUAUCAUUAAAUAACAGAAACCCAGCACUCUUCGGCCCCGUACAUUCAUAUAAACGAAACAAAAUAAAAGCUGAUAGUGCUCUGGAAGUGUCUAUGAGACUUAAAUCAAUGCAUUUAAAGGAACAGAUCGCCACCCAAAAAACAAGAGAAUCUUGUCAUUUGCUCACCCACAUGUUGUUCCAAACCACUAUGAUUUUCUCUUUUCAGUAUAAAAUAAUUACAAUGAGUAUGAAUGCAGUGACAGUGAAUGG